UGAAGCAACCCAGUCCAGAGAAUUGAACGAGUCAGCUCCAAAGCCAGCUUUUUUGAGUGUGGGGGGGAAACCAGCUGUAGCAGACAUGUAGUUAGUGGAUGACAAUCGCUCUGUGUUUGAAUCAAUCAUAAGUACUUUUUUCCUUACUCGAGUGUAUUUUAUCCAGUAAAUUGACGUAAGAGGACGGGUUGGCUCGUGUGCUAUGAUUAGCUGCUGACAAUGAUCUGAAGCCUGCGUUGGUGCGUUGGUUAGCUAGCUGAAGACGCGGCCCGAACCAUUACGUUACUAAGUUAUCUUUAUCUUAGUGUCUGUGUUAGUCGACCACCUCGGCCCUUGCCUUGGAUUGCCAUUAGCGGGCUAAACAGAGCGGAAAAUCAUUUGUCAUAUGCAGCUAGCCAGCUAAUUUAGCUCUUUAUCCAUGGAGUACAGAGGGGUUUCUCUUUGCAGUUUGGACCUACGAUUGAUGACGUGCCUUUGAUUCUACUGUAACCACGAGAGUUGUAAAAAGAGCAUCAAAUGCACAAGUCUUGAAAGCAAACCUCCAUUAUGGAUUUCAGCAAAUCGUUGACCUUGUGGAUUGUAUGCUUAUGCCUCCUGAGCGAAAGUUGGACGGUCCAAGCCAUCUCAGACCACCAUCAUAUUGAUAGUGGUGUGUCAGAACUCUGUCGCAUCGACGAGCCUCGGUGUCACGAUGAGAAUACCAUCCUCAGUUUCGAGGCGAUCCGCAGUAUCCACAAGCAGAUGGAUGAUGAUGCUAAUGGAAAUGUGGACGUGUCAGAGACGGACGGGUUCCUAAGGGAGGACCUGAACUACCACGAUCCCAAAGCCAAGCACAACAGUUUCCACGGAGAUGACCAGUUCAUCAGUGUGGAAGACCUGUGGAAUACCUGGAAGGGUUCUGAAGUGUGCAACUGGACAGUGGACGAUGUGGAGAAUUGGCUCAUCUACGUGGAGCUGCCGCAGUAUGUGGACGCCUUCCGCAAGAUGCACUUCAACGGCACUGUCAUGCCCAGGCUGGCUGUGAAGAACGCCACUCUGACUGUGUCCAUUCUGAAAAUGCUGGAUCGAAGCCAUGUUCAGAAGCUGCAGCUCAAGGCCUUGGACACUGUGCUGUUCGGCGCCCCACUCAUGAACAGACAUAACCACCUGAAGGACUUCAUGCUGGUGGUGUCCAUAGUGAUCGGCAUUGGAGGCUGCUGGUUCGCCUACAUCCAGAACCGUUACUCCAAGGACCACAUGAAGAAGAUGAUGACGGACCUGGAUGGACUACAGAGGGCUGAGCAGAGCCUGCAUGAUCUACAGAAGAAGCUGCAGAUAGCCCAGGAGGAGCACCGUACGGUUGAGGUGGAGAAGGUGAACCUGGAACAGAAGCUGAGGGAUGAAAUUAACUGUGCCAAGCAGGAGGCCCAGCGGCUCAAGGAGCUCCGCGAGGGCACCGAGAACGAGCUGAGUCGGCAGAAAUAUGCCGAGGAGGAGCUGGACCAGGUGCGCAUGGCCCUCAAGAAGGCAGAGAAGGAGCUGGAGUCUCGCUGCAGCUGGUCCCCACCAGAGUCCCUCCAGAAGUGGCUGCAGCUCACCCAUGAGGUGGAGGUGCAGUACUACAACAUCAAGAAGCAGAACGCUGAGAAGCAGCUACUGGUGGCUAAAGAAGGGGCAGAGAAGAUCAAGAAGAAGAGAAACACCAUCUUUGGGACCUUCCAUGUGGCACACAGCUCCUGUCUGGACAAUGUGGAUCACCAAAUUCUGACAGCCAAACAAGCCCUGGGUGAGGUGACUGCUGCUCUGAGGGAGAGGCUGCACCGCUGGCAGCAGAUUGAGAUUCUGACUGGGUUCACCAUUGUCAAUAACCCUGGCCUCUCCUCCCUGGCCUCCACCCUGAACCUUGACCCCAGCCUCAUGGGUGGCCGGGCCACACCCCAGCACUUCAUUAUGUCUGAUGACAUGGACGACAUGGACGAGGACAUCAUAUCGCCCGGUACUCUGCAAUCUCCCAGUAUGAUGUCCCUGCGUCAGCGCCACAUGGACACCCAGCUGGCCAUGGGCUCCCAGAGGGAUUUGAACCGCUCAGACUCAGACUCCUCCCUGUCCCUCUCCCAAAUCGGUGAUCGUCUGUCCGCCUACAGCUCCAAGGGCCAGCUGGUGAAACCCACCUCCUUCCUGUAUGGCCAACCCGUCCGCUCCGCCUCCGACGAGCCCUCCCUGCAUGCCCACACCCCUAACGGAGGGAACCGUGGCCAUGAAGGAGGAGCCCUGGUCGAGCCAGUCCCAGAGAGCCCUAUCCUGAUGAAGAAGGUGUACAGCAUCGAGAAGUCAGCCAGCCUGGGAGAGAUGAAUGUUGGUCCCGUUGGUAUAUCUAUGUCAGAGUCCUCCCGCUCCCUCAGCCCCAACUCCACUGAUGCUGACACCCCCUCCCCCACGGGGGGCCAGCCUGGGGCCGCAGGGACCAAGGGCAGCAGCCGCAUCCCACAGCUCUCUUCCAAGAAGAGCCCUCUGGAGGAAGACAGCGGCUCCACGGGAGAAGACACAGACUCCGUCGCCAGCCGUAAGAAACACACCUUCAAGAUCUUCAAAAAACAGAAGAAAUAAUAACGAGGGCUACUAAAGACUAUUAAAGAGCUGUCCAAUGUGUUUCACUUAUUAUUGUUUCUGUUUUGGAGAAGUUGUUUUGGGUUGUUCACUGGUCACACUCGAUGGAGCAACUCUUUGCCUUUAUGGAUUUGUAGGUACUUUCCCUGAGGAACUGUGGGAGCAACCAGCUAUCUGAUUAUAUGAUUUUUGUCCUGAUUUAUGUUGGGAAUGGGUGGUAUUGUAUAGUGGAAUGUAAAGCACUAUUUAUUUAGUAGGAAAGGGUGCCAGUCUCUGAAAGGGAAACAAGUCUCCUGGGUGGAUGUCUUUUGGUUUACUUCAACCUGUAUCAGUUUGCAUGUCUUCACCUUUGUUUGACUGAUAGUCUCUGAAUGUUCCUAGGUGUUUGCUUGGUUCUUGUCCCUAUUCUGCUUAGACAACACUUAACUCAGUUUCAUUUGGUUAAUCCCCAACCACCUUUGUGUUUUGACAAAAAACGGUGUCAGAUGGACCUUUUUAAGUACUUAAUGGUAGUCAUUUUGGUCAAUUGUUAGAGGGGGGGCUGAACAAUACUUGCAAAAACCGCCCGAGUCAAUUGUGCUAACAAGAAAUCUAGCAAUCAAUGUUAGCAGAACUCUUCCAGUACAGCUGCAGACACAGCAACACACUAGGCAAACAUUUCCCUCGGAUUGUGCACCUUUUGGAAGUGAUGUAGAAGUGCUUGAUUUAAACCCCUUGAAGACCCCCAGCACAUACAAAGCUAGGUAGCCUGUGUCACAGGGCAAGAAGUAAUUGUCCACGAUCUAAGUUCCCUAAUAGAGGGGAAAGUUAUUAAAAGGACUACUUGAACUAUAUGAAUGUAAUAUCAAUGUCAAAUGUUUAUUGAAGUAAACGUCUACAUUUUCAAAUUGCAAAUCGUAUCAAUCUACUUUGCAGUUGUUGUAAGAGAUAUGUGAAUCAUUAGGAGUGCUGUAGGUGGAUGUUGGAGAUGCCAAAACAAAGACUCUGGUCCAGUGGCCUUUAUUCUCAUCAGCUAUAUAUGUACUGUACGUUAGAGGCCGCUUUAGAAUGAGUAGCACUGCCUUCCAUUUUUGUAUCUGGGAACUCCAAACCAAAAUAAGGUGAUCAAUUUGACAUUGUCACCCACAUACUUUCAAGCAGAGAGUUUCAGGCAGUGUUUGUAUUUUAAAGACUCCCAAGUUGUUCAGAGCAUUCUGGAGAGGUGUGUGCUACUUUAGCUUGUACUGUAGACUACCCUGAUAACCCAUAUUCACAUUAUACAGAUCCAAAGUCAAGCACACAAUAACAGUAAUGGUAUCUACUUGUCACAAUUAUGAACUCACUUGCCAUUAAUGGUUUUGAGGGCACACAUGGUUUAGAAAAGGAUGUCACGAUACAUUCUGGUAGUAGGGACUCCUAUAACUUCCUAAACAAUUGACUUGCUCGACUGCUCCUGGAUCUGUGUAAUAACCACAGCAGUUCUCCAAACGAUACCAUCGCCCCCCAUUGGAGGCCUCACACAGUGCGAUGGAUGAAAAUGUAAUUAUUUUCUUUCAUUGAUCAGUUGAAAACAUGAACUUCCAAUUGGUACUUUUUAAAGUGUAAUUUGUACCUCUUCUGCACGAUGAAGCUGUAAUAUGGAUUAUGCCGUCUAUCUAUGAGUGUCUGUCUGUUGCCAGGAUACUGAGUUGUAUUGAUGCAUGUCAGCUACUGUAUUAACGUCUAUAAUGGGCUUGAGGCAGAGGUCAGCUCGAGCAUCAUGAUGUCAUCAUGACUCUCUCCACCCCUACUUUAACCCCCGACUUCUCCUUUUGAGCUUCUAUUUAUGAAUACAUAUAUUUGUACAGAGAAAAAAAAUGUUGCAUCUUCUGUGACGUUCUCUAGACUUUUAUGGCACUCCUGCAUGAUAGCAAUAAACGAUU